AUGGCUGACAGGUCGGCUAUAUUCGGUGUUCUCACCACCUCAGCCAUUGCAGGGACCAUCGCAGAAUCCCUUCAUCGCUACACUGAUGACCUUCCAGAGGACUCUUCGCGUGAUAUUCGUGGUGUUUUUAACUGUCUACUUGACAUCAAAGCCAUAUUGAGGGAUCUCGAUCUAGCAUUUCAAGACCCUCGGUUCAAUCGCUCAUCGCGAGAGUUGCUGGACGACAUUGAACUGGGUAUUGGAAGCUGCUCCAGGAGCUUGAGGGAAUUGGAUGUUAUUGUGGCACGAUACACAUCUGGGAGACGGCUAGCGAGUGCAAGAAGGGCAUGGUACGAAAUACAGGAGAGCUUUCAUAAAGCAGAUGGAUAUGCUCUUGUUGGAAGAUUGGAAGUUCACAAGACGUUCUUGUUGCAGUUGAAGGGCAUUCUUCAAUUUAAAAACGGUACUGGUCGGACCGAGACACACCGCACGAAGGAGAAGGUGAAGUACCAUGGCGAGAGCCACGAGCGUGCUGCCAGGCAAGUCCGUGACAUGGAGGACCAUCGAAGACGCUAUCCAGAAGAGAAGACAUAUGUCUACAGAUGCCCGGCACCAGUUCCUUCACCUCCUUAUGACGCACCUCAGCAACAACGCCGGACCUAUGUUCCCCCUGGAACAUUUCCACCGACACCACCCAUGGAGCCACAGAGGAGGAGUUUCACCCCAGGUGUUGGAUUGACGACGUCGUUCCCGCCCACACCACCUAUGGAGCCGCUUAGGUAUCACCAUAUGUCAUCUCCGCAUGGAUCUUCCCACGGAUCUACCCACGGAUCCGUCCAUGGAUCCUCUCAUGGGUCUCCCCAUGGGUCCGUUCAUGGGUCGAGGCCUAUGUCACCUGAGACACCAAUGACGCCUCCCAGUAGGUAUGCACCACCACCAGCACCAUCACCAAUGUCGUCUCCUGCCGGAAGGUCGAGGGGAAGUGGUGGUCUUGGUAGUGCCCUUGCUGCCGUGCCCGGAUCCAAACCAAGCUGGUGGAACGGUAUCUCCGAUGUGCCAGCCCCUGGAAAUGUCAGUCCAGUAAGCAGCGGCGGUAGCAGUGGUGGUAGCAGCUCUGGAUCAAGGAAUGUUGAGGGUUCGCAAUGCUUUGGGAUGCCUAUGGACUCGUUGAGUAUGGCGAGGGAGGAGAUUGAGAUCAUCAAAGUCGAAUUUGAUAACGACCUUACUCUCCGUCUCUAUCGCGAUGAAAGUAGCGAUGCAGCCAAAGUAGUAUGCACCAUCGGCCCGCAAUUCGGCGUCGGUUCAGGCGACUACUUCAACCAGCGCUCCGCACCAAACAAGUUCCAAACAUUCAUCGAUGCCAGUCUCCUCACAGUCAGCCGAGCAGGCAGCAGCCUACACCUCAAGAGACGUGGAAUCAUGUGGGCGUGUCUCUACUUCACCGACAUCGAGAACAUGGUCCUUUUCUACCACACCUUCCUCGCCUUACGCUUCAACGGGCCCAACGCACCAAGCCCCAAAAAGUCCGAAUACUGGCUCGAUGGCGAAGAGCUCCUCUUCUCAGCCGAGAUCGACGACGCCGGCUACCCACACCUCCUGCGCGUCCUGCGGGACCGCGACUCAGGCGUCGUCCGCCUCGCGUCGGCUAACGUCGAGGGCGAGUUCACGGAUAGCACUGUCUGGACUGCGUUCAUCACGGACUACAUUGGACAGCCAGAGUGGAUGCACUGCUCAAGAUCGAACAAGAUUGUGCUCCGUACUAUGAGGCAGUUUGCGUUUACGGACUACUUUGACACGAAUACGUGGAAGAACUUUGAGUUGAGGUUUAUGGUACCCGGUGAUGCGAAGGCGUUUGAGACGGUCAUUAAUGAGUUGAGGGUGCCGGCUGUUGGGGGUACUCCGUACUAA